AUGGAACCAGUCUCAAUAAUUGGCAUUACAGCUUCAGCCUUUACACUUGUCGGUCGCCUCAGAAAGACUCUAAAUUUUAUUUUGCAGCUGUCUACGAAACUCAAAUAUGCUAAUGCUAAGAUCACUCUACUCAUUGGCUAUCUGGCAAGUAUAAAUGCCGCCAUCUUUGAAAUAGCCAAGAUCAUCGAAACGCUUUCCGAAUGUACCAAGUAUGAGAAGCUGGUAGAUUCUCUACAUACCACGCUCAAGUGCACGAAACUCUCUCUCUCAUUCCUUGAAUCGAAGAUUGAACGAUUGAGAUCAGAUUCUCAAGAUGAUACAAGCAUGAUCAAUAAAAUCACUAUGAUUUUGAAGGAUGCGGAGUUCAACAACCGUUCUUUGCUAGAACAACAAGGCACCCUAAACAGCGCAGAAGCUCAGAGUAUCAUAGAGGCCAUGGAAGAUGAGACAUCCUCCAUUUUCUGUAUCGCAGAUAGCGGAUCAAUUACGAGUCAACGGAGCAAAGGCUCAGAGUUUUCUGCAGCUUUGGACAUAUCCUUUCAGUUUGAUGCCGAAAUACUGAGCUCGAGAAUCUACGCUGUCACAUAUCGGUCGCACCUGAGACAGGUUAUUGCUUCUAAAAAGCAUGAAGAUACCACCCUUAUAAUAGUAGCUCAAGAGUCUCCGAGAGUCAGGGGGGGUCACACUAACAUAGACCUCCUUUCUCUAGACCGACAGGCGGAUAUCAAAAUAAAGAAGCUUACCUUAGGUACGCCGAGAGAGCAUCAGCAGGAAUACCCUAAGCAACUACCUCUAGUUCCUACAAUCAAAAAGAUUACCUCCGGCAAGAUCAACAGUAACUUAAUUUUGAAUAGAACAGCUAGGAACCCCCAAUCGCAAGAAGAACCCAAAAAGCCAUAUCCGAAACAGAGUAGCCCCACCCCAUUAUAA